UCAUGGGGCCCCGGGCAAUAGGGGAUCAUGGGGCCCCUGUGUCCUUGCCCAAACUCAAAAAAGCCUAUGAAAAAGGUACCAGGGGCAUCUCAUGGGGCCCCUUACUGACCCCGGGCCCUCGGGCAGUGCCCGAGUUUCCAAAUGGUCACUCCGCCCCUGCACACAGCCAUUAAUGUCUAAACCGCUGGCAACAAAAGUGAGUACACCCCUAAGUGAAGAUGUCAAAAUUGGGAUCAUGCUCUGCUUCAGUAUGUCACAGUACAUGUUGGCAAUCAUGGUUCCCUCAAUGAGUGUACCUGGUCCUACUAGACACAUA